GCGGCCCCAGUGCGGGGAGGCGGGGCCGCCCCGCGCGCCAGUAGCGGCUGCGCCGGCGUCGCCACCCCCACAGCGGGCGGCGGUUCGUGCGCGGGGCCGGCGGCCGGCGUGGGACCGACGAGGGCGGGAAGGCGCUGUCGCUGAACACCAGCACGGUUUCCUAGAUCUAAAAGAAAGGCCGAGUUUUAGAGUACCCUUCCAAAAUGUCUGCUGUUAAGGAAGACAGAGAAGUGGAAGACUACAAGAGGAAAGGAAGACGAUCCUCACAGCAGAAAUACCGUAGACUGAAUAAGGGCCAUGAGCCAAAGGAGCCAGAGCAGUUAAGAAAGCUGUUCAUUGGAGGUCUGAGCUUUGAAACAACAGAUGAUAGCUUGAGAGAGCACUUUGAGAAAUGGGGCACACUCACGGACUGCGUGGUGAUGAGAGACCCACAAACAAAACGUUCCAGAGGCUUUGGCUUUGUGACUUACUCCUGUGUGGAGGAGGUGGAUGCUGCCAUGAGCGCUCGACCACAUAAGGUUGAUGGACGCGUGGUUGAACCAAAGAGAGCAGUUUCAAGGGAGGAUUCUGUAAAGCCUGGGGCACACCUCACAGUGAAGAAAAUAUUUGUUGGUGGAAUUAAAGAAGAUACAGAAGAAUAUAAUUUAAGGGAGUACUUUGAAAAAUAUGGCAAGAUUGAAACCAUAGAGGUCAUGGAAGACAGGCAGAGUGGAAAGAAGAGAGGCUUCGCUUUUGUAACGUUUGAUGAUCAUGAUACAGUUGAUAAAAUUGUUGUUCAGAAAUACCAUACUAUAAAUGGACACAACUGUGAAGUGAAAAAAGCACUCUCAAAGCAAGAGAUGCAGACUGCUAGCUCUCAGAGAGUGAAAUAUUUUGUAGGUCGUGGGGGUGGCUCAGGCAACUUCAUGGGCCGUGGAAACUUUGGAGGCGGUGGAGGAAAUUUUGGCCGAGGAGGAAACUUUGGUGGGAGAGGAGGCUAUGGGGGUGGUGGUGGCGGUGGUGGGAGCAGAGGAAGCUUUGGGGGUGGUGACGGAUACAAUGGAUUUGGUGAUGGUGGCAACUAUGGAGGUGGUCCUGGCUAUGGCAGCAGAGGAGGUUAUGGUGGUGGUGGAGGACCAGGAUAUGGAAACCCAGGUGGUGGAUAUGGAGGUGGAGGAGGAGGAUAUGAUGGCUACAAUGAAGGAGGAAAUUUUGGUGGUGGUAAUUAUGGUGGAAGUGGGAACUACAAUGAUUUUGGCAAUUACAGUGGACAGCAGCAGUCUAACUAUGGUCCCAUGAAAGGUGGUGGCAGCUUUGGUGGCAGAAGUUCAGGCAGUCCCUAUGGUGGUGGCUAUGGAUCUGGAAGUGGAAGUGGGGGCUAUGGUGGUAGAAGAUUCUAAAAAUGCUACCGGAAAAAGGGCUACAGUUCUUAGCAGGAGAGAGAGCGAGGAGUUGUCAGGAAAGCUGCAGGUUACUUUGAGACAGUCGUCCCAAAUGAAUUAGAGGAACUGUAAAAUCUGCCACAGAAGGAACGAUGAUCCAUAGUCAGAAAAGUUACUGCAGCUUAAACAGGAAACCCUUCUUGAUCAGGACUGUCAUAGCUACAGUUUGCAAAAAGUGCAGCUAUUGAUUCAUGCAAUGUAGUGUCGAUUAGAUGUACAUUCCUGAGGUCUUUCUCUGUUGUAGCUUUGUCUUUCUUUUUUCUUUUUAUUUUCCCAUUACAUCAGGUAUAUUGCCCUGUAAAUUGUGGUAGUGGUACCAGGAAUAAACAAAUCAAUGAAUUUUUAACUUUUCAA